AUGCACGUGUGCCGUCUGGGUGUGGGCUCCCCCAGGCGGGAACUGUGCCUGGCCGCCCUCACAUCGCUCCGGGCCGAGCAUGAGGUCCGGCACCAGCAGGCUCCUGCUGCCAAGGGGCCAAGGGAUGAGCGGGGGCCCUCCUUCCCAAUGGCAUCUCCCCCCGGUCUGGAACUGAAGACACUGCGCAAUGGCCCCCAGAUCCCAAGGAGACCAGCUCCUCUGGGCCCGGCGGCUCCGCCCAGGGAGGGGGUGGAGAAUGUCUGCUUUUCCUCAGAGGAGCACGAGACCCAUUGCCAGAACCCGGGGGACACCAGACUGGGCAGAUCCCCCAGCCCCCCCGGAGGGGGGGUCCCCUCACGGCCCCGAUCCCAGCGGGACGAUCUGUCCCUGCGUUCAGAAGAGGGGCCAGGCCUAGAGCCCGUGAGCCGCCCAGUGGAUUAUGGCUUUGUUUCUGCUCUCGUUUUUCUGGUGAGUGGGAUCCUCCUGGUGGUGACAGCAUACGCCAUCCCACGUGAGGCCCGCGUCAACCCUGACACAGUGACAGCACGGGAGAUGGAGCGGCUAGAGAUGUACUAUGCCCGCCUGGGCUCCCACCUGGACAAGUGCAUCAUCGCGGGCCUGGGGCUGCUCACCGCGGGCGGCAUGCUUCUGUCAGUGCUGCUGACAGUCUCCCUGUGCGAGGGCGGGCUGUACCGCCGGCCCACCUUCGUCCCCGGCAGGGGCUCCAGGAAGACCUACGGCUCCAUUAACCUGCGCAUGAGGCAGCUCAAUGGGGACGGGGGCCAGGCCCUGGUGGAGAACGAAGUUGUCCAGGUCUCAGAGACCAGCCACACCCUCCAGGGGUCUUAA